UCCUCCGCAUAGUUCAAAUUGAAAAGUCAAAGCGAAUAAGUGAGAAGCUAUUUAGCAAAACAAACCAAGAAAUAAAAACAAGUUUAAUUUUUCAAGUUAAAUUACAUCAAGGAAAUAUUAUUGUAAUUUGUGAAUAAAAAGGUUAACAACACAGCAGUAAAAAUGGUAGCGAUUGGAAUUGAUUUGGGAACUACUUAUUCCUGUGUUGGAGUUUUUCAACACGGUAAAGUGGAAAUAAUUGCGAACGACCAAGGCAAUCGCACAACACCAAGUUAUGUGGCGUUCACAGAUUCAGAGCGGCUCAUUGGUGAUGCCGCAAAAAAUCAAGUUGCCAUGAAUCCAAAGAACACGGUCUUCGACGCAAAGCGAUUGAUUGGACGAAAGUAUGACGACGAAAAAAUUCAAGCGGACAUGAAGCAUUGGCCUUUUACAGUGGUCAACGACUGCGGAAAGCCAAAGAUCAGCGUGGAAUUCAAAGGUGAACAGAAACGCUUUGCUCCCGAAGAAAUUAGUUCGAUGGUGCUGACUAAAAUGAAAGAGACAGCUGAGGCAUAUUUGGGUACGUCGGUGCGAGAUGCAGUUAUUACAGUACCAGCAUACUUCAAUGAUUCACAACGUCAGGCCACAAAAGAUGCAGGAGCCAUAGCAGGACUUAAUGUUCUACGUAUUAUAAACGAACCAACAGCAGCAGCUUUAGCCUAUGGUUUGGACAAGAAUCUCAAAGGUGAACGGAACGUGCUAAUCUUCGAUUUGGGCGGUGGUACCUUUGAUGUUUCCAUCUUGACAAUUGAUGAAGGUUCAUUGUUUGAAGUUCGUGCAACUGCCGGCGAUACUCAUCUAGGUGGAGAGGACUUUGACAACCGUCUCGUUAACCACUUUGCGGAAGAAUUCAAACGCAAAUAUAAAAAAGAUUUGCGGACGAAUCCAAGAGCAUUGCGUCGUCUAAGAACAGCGGCAGAGCGGGCAAAACGAACACUGUCAUCCAGCACGGAGGCGACUAUUGAGAUUGACGCUUUGUAUGAAGGUGUAGAUUUCUAUACAAAAAUUAGUCGAGCUCGCUUUGAAGAGAUGUGUGGUGAUUUGUUCCGCAGUACAUUGGAUCCCGUAGAGAAGGCUCUUAAUGAUGCGAAAAUGGAUAAGAGUCAGAUUCACGACAUUGUACUCGUUGGUGGUUCAACACGCAUACCAAAGGUCCAAAGUUUACUUCAAUCAUUCUUUGGAGGUAAGAGUUUGAACCUUUCUAUCAACCCAGACGAGGCUGUGGCUUAUGGUGCAGCGAUACAGGCAGCCAUAUUGAGCGGUGAUAAGAGCAGCCAAAUUCAAGAUGUGCUUUUGGUGGACGUGGCACCAUUGUCACUUGGAAUUGAAACUGCUGGUGGAGUGAUGACAAAACUUAUAGAACGAAACAGUCGCAUUCCAUGCAAACAGUCAAAAACCUUUACAACUUAUGCAGAUAACCAACCCGCAGUCACCAUCCAAGUGUUUGAGGGCGAACGUGCCAUGACCAAAGAUAAUAAUUUGUUGGGCACUUUCAACUUAACUGGAAUUCCACCAGCACCGCGUGGUGUUCCCAAGGUAGAUGUUACAUUUGAUUUGGACGCCAAUGGCAUUUUGAAUGUGACUGCAAAGGAGAUGAGCACCGGAAAUGCGAAGAAUAUAGUCAUAAAGAACGACAAAGGACGUCUAUCUCAAGCAGACAUCGAUCGUAUGGUUAAUGAAGCUGAAAAAUAUGCGGAGGAAGACGAGAAACAGCGCCAACGUGUUGCUGCUCGCAAUCAGCUUGAGAGUUAUGUGUUUAAUGUAAAGCAAGCAGCAGAUGAAGCCGGCAGUAAACUAAGUCAGUCGGAUAAAGAUCAUGUCCUCGAAAAGUGUAGCGAGACAAUUAAAUGGCUGGAUGCCAAUACCACUGCCGAAAAGGAGGAGUUCGAGUACAAAUUGGAAGAGUUGACGAAGAUCUGUAGUCCCAUCAUGACAAAAAUGCACCAGCAGGCAGGCGCUGGCACACAGCCUAGUAAUUGCGGCCAGCAAUCUGGUAAUUUUGGUGGAGGCAAAUAUGGUGGACCAACUGUGGAGGAAGUGGACUAAA